UUCCCUCAAGCCAACAUCGAGGAAACAUUAUAUUGUCUAGCUUGGAAGGGCACAGUACAGUCUUUAAUAAAAUAAACACACAAUAAUAUAAUUAUUGUACCCUUUCUUCCCAACAUGGAUUCUUUAACCAAUGUUAUGGUUUCCCUUGUGAUUGGCAGUCUUUUAUGUUUCCUGACGAUGGGUUCACCAUCCACAGCCUCUCCUUUAAACGUCACGGCCUCUCCUUUAAACGUCACGCUAAUCCAAAAAGCCUGCAACAAUACCGCCGACCACGAGUUCUGCCUCGACCACCUCUCCAAAAACCCCUUAGUCGUGUCGGCAUCUCAAGAGCCAUUGGCGAUUGCCGCUGCGAUCGCCCAGUCGGGAUUGGACAACGCGGAGCGGACGCGCAAGUACGCGAUGAACAAGGUCGCGAGGAUCCCCGCCGUGAAGACGGCCUACGCCGACUGCGCAACGCUCUUGGGCAGCACGGCCUUGCAACUCAGUGUGGCCGCCAGCAUCCUUAAAAACCCCGCCUCUUUGACCGAGGUGGGCUCCAGCGAAGUCGCUAGUGAAUGUCUUCUGACCUCCAUUGACGGUGUCGCCGGGUGUAUGGCAAAGCUUGGAACCCUCAAAGUUGAGGACCAAUAUGUUAUGGUAUCGUGUAAGCAGGUGGAGGUUUACAGCGUCGCGGCCGACUCCAUUUUGACCGACUUGAUGAAGGUCAAUAUGAACAACUCAUUCGAUCAUAUGGAUUGAGCGAGGUUGGACGUUGCUACAUUUUUGUAAUCCAUGUACAUAAUGUGCUGUGGUUCGGUAUUAUUAAAUUAUGAAUGGAAAUUAAUUUGCUCCUAAAUUAA